AUGAGUGGCAACAGCAGUACGGUGGGCCAGCUCCUCUUGCAGAGGCCAGUGUGUGCUGGCUGGAGGCAGGAUAUGGAAGAGCCCCUCUACCACCUGGCCAACUGCAUCUUGCUCCUGGGCUUCAUGGGGGGCAGUGGGGUGUAUGGCUGCUUCUACCUCUUUGGAUUCCUGGGCACGGGCUAUGUUUGCUACGCGCUGUGGGGCUGGUUCAAGGCCUGUGGUCUGGACAUCGUCCUUGGGAGCUCCCUGCUGGCGGUGGCCUGCCUGCUCCAGCUGGCACACCUGGUGUACCGCCUGCGAGAGGACACUCUCCCCAAGGACUUCGACCUCCUCUACAAGACUCUGUGCCUGCCCCUGCAAGUGCCCUUGCAGUCGUACAAGGAGAUUAUUCACUGCUGUGAGAAGCAGGUCUUGGCGCUGGCUACUGAGCAGAACUAUGCUGUGGAGGGCGAGACACCCAUCAACCGACUGUCCUUGCUGCUCGCCGGCCGGGUUCGGGUGAGCCAAGAUGGACAGUUUCUACACUACAUCUUUCCAUACCAGUUCAUGGAUUCACCCGAGUGGGAGUCUCUGCAGCCCUCUGAAGAAGGAAUAUUCCAGGUCACUCUGACUGCCGAGACCACCUGCAGCUACAUUUCCUGGCCCCGGAAAAGCCUGUACCAUCUUCUGGCCAAAGAUCGCUACAUCUCCCGCCUCUUCUCGGCCUUGCUGGGCUACGAUAUCUCCGAGAAGCUCUAUACUCUGAAUGACAAACUCUUUGCCAAGUUUGGGCUGCGCUUUGAUAUCCGCCUGCCCAGCCUCUACCUUGUGCUGGGUCCAGCUGCCCCAGAUGCCGAGCCUGAGGCUGAGAAGAAUGAUGAAGUCCACCACGAGGAGCCGGAGACGCCCCCUCCUCAGGCCCUGCCCACAGCUAUCCGGACAACACCCCCUUUCUCUUCCCCUCCUUCUGCCACCAACCCUCCUGCACCUCCUUCCAGGGCCAGAAUGUCCAGGCCCGACAGCGGCGUCCUGGUGUCUAAAACUCCUCUUCAGGGCUACUCUCAAGUUAGAUCCAAGGGACAAGCCCCUUUGGCUCCAACCAAGACUCCUGAACUUUGA